ACUUUUCAUGUAUAGACAGGUUAUGUUAUAUUAUUUUAGGCUUUCUAUUGCUCUAUUCUAGUGAAAAUAAAUUCCGCGAUAAUUUUUUAUGCAAACAACAGUUAUCAAACGCGACAUUGAUAACUACAUAUUACAAUAACGGUUUAAGGCAUGCUUGAGGAAUAAUUUGAAGUCUAAAACUAGAGGGUUGAAGAAAACGAAUAAGUCACUAUGGAACUCUGCAAAUUUGUUAAAAAAGAACCGGGGAUUGAAAACUGCUACGACAUUAAAACUGAGGCCUAUGAUAGUUUGGAAUCCUACUUGACGUUUGAUUACAACCAAUCGUGCGGUGUAAAAAUUGAAUGUAAAGAAGAAUUUCCAAAAGUGCAAGAUAGCAGCCAAAAUCUUUGGAACACUGCUCAUUCUUGCCAUCUCGAAUUUUUAGUUCCACCUAUCCCCCUUAAACAUUGGCAUAAUCAAGAAGCAUUGAAAUAUGAAGAUUCUCAAACAUGUAAUUCAACAUCUUUGGCUGAACUUCAUUCGAAAACAAGCACAGAACUGAGUCUACGUUUGAAAACAGAAUCUGUAGAACUUGAAACUUUGAAUGAAAACACACUCAUGCAAUCGACCAGAUAUAAUGGAUACGCAUUACCGUGGGAUUUUGUUGAUGUUCGACAUGCAUAUGAUGACAAGAAUCUUAUCAAUGUUCAAGAAGUACCAACGGAACAUACGAAAUCACCAGCCCUUGUUCAAUCCGAACUGAGUAAAGGUGAGACGAAAAAACAUCGAAAGUAUAAGGCGCAAAUCAAAGAAAAUCUCACUUGCCAAAUCUGCAAAAAACCAUUUCAAUACAAGUCAUUAUUGACUCGACACGUGAAAACUCAUAAUGCGUCCAAUCGUCACAAAUGUGAUACAUGUGGAAAGAAAUUCAAGUUGAAACAAUAUUUACAACAACAUUUACGAUCGCAUGAAUCGAAAAUACAUUCUUGCGACAAGUGCGACAGAACAUACAAAAGCAAAUCAACCCUGAGACGGCAUAUUGAAACACAUAGUCUAGAAAGCCUGAACAAAUGUUUGAUCAAACAGACUAAAUUUACCCAGGAUUCACAGUUAGCAUCAAAGAAUCAAAAAAAAGAUGGGAAAAAAUCUAAAAUAGAUAAUAAAUCAAAGAAUUCUCCAAAUGGGGAAAACGUAAAUACCAAAGAAUCUAAAAAAUUAUACAAGUGUGAUAUUUGUGGUGAACGUUUUAAAGAAAAAUCAAGUAUGGAAGUGCACAUUGAAUUUUUACACAUUGAAAUCUUUAAGGAAGAUGACGAGAAGCUUAAGUCUCAAUCUUCUAAACCGAACCUAAAACGACGUUUCCCAUGCCCUAUUUGUGACAAACGAUUUACACAAUUGUCACAUGUGGGAAGACAUAAAAAGGCAAGUCAUUCCGAUCAUAAACCUCAUUACUGCAAACCGUGUAACCAAGGUUUCACUACAACGUCAAGCCUGAAGCGACACAUGUUAAAUAAACACAAUGGAGCAUCAACGACAAGAACAAACCAUCGAAAUGUUGAACGCAACAAAACACCAGAGGUUGAAAACUUCACCUGCAAAAUUUGUGACAAGUCUUUUAUACGUGCCAGCGAUUUGCGUCGUCAUUGCUCAAUUCACGACGCGAGAAAACCGUACGAAUGCGACAUAUGUAAGAAACAAUUUGGACUUAAAUCAUACCUGUAUGCACACGUAUUAACGCACGACAAUUGGAGACCAUAUCCAUGCCACAGUUGCCCAAAACUUUACAGACGUAUGUCGAGUCUCCAGAGACACAUUCAAAUUAAUCAUUCGGUUAAAACAAGAUACAAUUGCGACGAUUGUCGUAAGACUUACAAACACUUAGCGUCUUAUCGCUAUCACAUGGAGAAAUAUCAUGGAGUUCAGCCUUCCAAAAUCUGACUUAAAUCUGUGAUCAAAGAGUUUAAAUUUUACAAUAUUAUACACUUGUUAAAAUGUUAUUGUUAUAUUAUGCGAUUUAAUUAUUUUAUCGACGAUUCUAUUCAUUCGAAUGUUCAAUGUUUUCGUUCAAGUUUAUAUUCUUAAAUUCACUUUACACAGAUACUGUAUUCUGCCGAAGAAUUUUGAUCAAUCGAUUAUACGAAUAGGUACAUACGUUUUUCUCAGAAAUGCAAGUAUUAAUUGCGUAUGAACUUUUACAAUCAUCUGAGUUUGACUAUCAAAAAACCUUACUUCUAUUCGACGUAAUUUUUUUAAACAACUAUCGAACCAAUGAUGCACCAAAGCAUUUAUUUUUUACAUCGAAUUGUUACUAUGAUAAUGUUAGAUGAUGAAGGUGAUCUAUUUAUAGUUUUUUUCAUCAAAUUUUACGUGAGAUUAAAUAUUUUUAUACAUUGUCUAUUAAAUUUAAGCGUUACGAGAUUUACAAAUAUUAAAAAUGGAUGGACUAUACAUUUUUAUAACCGAAACGAAGUAUAAAUAGUUUGCAAUAGAAGUCCGCAUAAAUUUCUAAGACCCACAACUUACGUUUUAUUUACUCGAAUUAUUCUGGGAUAGGAAUCACUAACAUCGAAAAGCUAAAGCUUUCAAAUUCUCAACUAAAAAUGAAAAGUUGUUGAUCGUAAAGACUAAAUUCGACAGGGAUAAUCAUAAAACCAGGUAGAUAAUUCUUUUGUAUAACUGUUUUAUUUCGAAAUGGACAAUAAAAAAAAAAAUUAUGAUGUAUUUUCAAUUCUACAUUAAUUAAAACUUUUAAAAUUCGACAAAACCAUCCAAUGUUAAAUGAAACACACGAUGUGCUUAAGACAUCAUAUAUAAAAGUCGUGUACGUUAAAUAAAAUGUAUUUUUGAAUUAGAUAACAAAUAAAAAGAAUCAUGACAUUCAUGCGUCUUGGUGGUUCCGCGUGUCACUGGGAGAAAUACUUUAGUACUAUUUUACUACAUUUCUAUUAUCUACAAUCAACUACAAUCGCGGCAACAGGUAAACCAUAAAAAAGAAGGUAUGUAAAUUUUAUUUCCAAAAUUAUAGCAAAAUCUCUAAUGGCACUCUUAAUAUCGUCACAAUGUGCAUCAGAACUUCAAAAUGGACUCGUUUCUUUGAUAAAAACAUUACAAAACUAGCAUAACAUCAAAGUCACGACGAUUAACAAUCCCGAGCUUUAUAGUCUUGUAGUUUCAGCUACUUGUGAUUUCACUGCUAACAAUAACUCACUCUUUUCUCGUGGUUCCAAUACUGAUCCGACAGCAGUAUUUGAUCACAUGAUGAAAUCACAGAUCU